ACAAAAACAAAAGAAACGUCGAAGUUAACGGACGCGCGUUGUGUCGUGCGUGUGUAUCUUAAUUUCUUGCGAUUUAUUUAUUUUGUUACGCGCUUGAAAUGCAACUGUGGUUCGUUCAACCCGCGCCAAGUUUAUUUAAGUGAAUUUUUUUUGUUGGGUGAACUUUAUUUGUGCAGCGUUUGCCAAAAGAGCGUGCAUUGCAAACAAACAAUAACAGAAAAUAAGUAAAAAAGAAAAAAAAAAGACGAAAAGUGAAAAGCAAUUUGUGCUUGCUACGCUUGAGAACCGACGAAGACGAACAUGAAAGCGAAUAGCUGAAGGAGAAUAAGAGAAAAGAUCAUGCGUGCUUGAUAUAGUUGCUGUGUUGUUUCUGCUCGUAUGCGAGUGUGUGCGUGAGUGUGUGUGUGUGGUGGGGGAAACAUUGACAACUAGCAGUGCCAAACAAUGUUAGCAACAACAACAACAACAACGAGAAGCACAGCAACCACUAAAACCAGACGACGCAGCAAAAGACGCAGAGCAACAACAAAAACAACAAUUUGUAUUUUCACACGCUCACAUGCCAAUGCCAGCAAAUUAGACUAAAGCAACCAAACAACAAACAAACAAACAAAACGUUAAUUAAGUAUUAAAGUAUUAAAGGAAGCGAAAACAAAACAAACAUAAAUAUGAACAAAGUAAAGUUAAGCAUAGUGCUGCUGCUGCUGCUGCUGCUGAUCCAGCUAACAGUUGGUCAGGAGAAGGAGCAGGAGCAGGUUGAGGACAACAGCACAGCGAUAGCAACAACAGCUGGGACGACGUCUGCAGCGCCCCCUUCCGGCCGUCCAUCGCCACCGCGCGUCGUGAUAAACAAGUGCUGUCAGCUGGGCGAAUAUCUGAACAGCAGCACGCUCAGCUGCAUCGCCGGCACCACGGAGCUGUGGGUGCCCGCCGUCUAUCUGGUGCAGCAGCAGCGCUUCUUCGAGCCGCACGGCGGUAAGCCGCGCUUCAUGAAAUUUGCGCCUAAUGUGCGUCCCAGAUGCAAGUGGGGCAACGAGCCGGAGCUCUUCAGCAGUCGCCAGUUCAACGUAAUGCUCGUCCCCAACGGCACCUUCAUGCUGCGGGAGCGUGGACUGCGGCUGCAGCCCCAAGACUACUGCGUGGAUCGCGACGUGGCGCUGGUUUGCCUGAACAACGAUGCACUGCAGCCGCCGAAUGUCGCCGCCGCGGCCAAUGCGCCGCCAAUGCUGCGCCUGCGCAAAUGCUGCGGCAUGUUGUUCAACUACGACAGCAGCCUGAAGAGCUGCAACCAUAGGAAGCAGCUCCCGGCAAACGGCACGCAGCUGCAGCUGGCGCCGCAGCUCGCCGCCGAGAGCUACCAGACCAGCUUCGGCUUUCCCGACUGCCCGGUCAAUGAUGGGGGCUAUGCCAUAGCGGGCGACUGGCAGGAGGCGAAGCUGAAUCAGAGCACGGGCGCCUUGCAGCUGCCGCAUACGCAGCUGGCGCCGGCGGCUUACUGUCUGGAGCACACGGAGCGGGCGGGUGAGGUGAAGAUUAUUGUGUGCGCACAGCAUUUCACAGCGGAUCAGGGGCAGGGCGAGCAGAGCGAGGUGGGCAAUGUGCAGCGCGCCAUGCUGGACGUGAGCUUCAUCAUCUCGAUAGUGUUCCUGGCGGCCACGCUGGUGGCGGGCUACAUGCUGCCGGCGGUGCAUCAUGCGCUGCACUGGCGCUGCCAGAUCUACUACGUCUUCUGCCUGCUGCUGGGCAAGAUCCUGCUGGUCAUGGUGGAGCUGAACACGGCGCUGGUGCCGGGCACGCACAGCUGCCUGCUGGUGGCCACGGGCAUGCACUUCUUCUUCCUGAGCGCCUUCUUUUGGCUGAACACGAUGUGCUUCAACAUCUGGUGGACGUUCCGCGACUUCCGUCCCAGCUCGCUGGAGCGCAACCAGGAGACGCUGCGUCUGCGUCUCUACUCCGCCUACGCCUGGGGCGUGCCGCUGCUCAUCUGCGCCAUUGCCGCCUGCGUGGAUCAGCUGCCCGAGGCGGAGACCUCGCUGCUGCGUCCGGGCUUUGGCCAGAGCUACUGCUGGUUCGACAAUCGCUCGCUGGCCAUCUUCGCCUACUUCUUCGGCCCCAUUGGCCUGCUGCUCUGCAUCAACAUUGUGCUCUUCAUCUCCACCACGCAUCAGUUGACCUGCGGAUUGUGGAAGCGUGACGAUGUCAAGUCCACGUCGGAGAAGUCGGCUCUGGGGCGUGUCUGUCUCAAGCUGGUGGUGGUCAUGGGCGCCACCUGGAUAUGCGACAUCAUCUCUUGGCUGGUGGGUGGCCCGCAGGAAUAUUGGCUGGUCACCGAUCUGAUCAAUGCGCUCCAAGGUGUCUUCAUCUUCAUUGUCGUCGGCUGCCAGCCCCAAGUGUGGACGGCCUGCAAACGCAUCUGCUGUCCACGUCUGCGUCACGACAUCACCAACACAACCAAUGGCGUCCAUCACUCCAGCAGCUCCCAGGGCCUGCCCUCCAUGGCGGGCUGCGGCACUGAGUUCACCCAGAAUACGUCCAUGAAUGUCAGCAGUCUAUCGCCAGCUAGCCUGGAGUCGCCAGCGCCCAACAACAACGCAACACCAACAACAACAACAACAGCAGCAGCAACACCAACAAGUGUCGCUGCCACAGCGAAGAUUCCAAUGGAAACUAUUUGUUAAGAAAACCGAGACGAGCUACAAAUGCGAAAGUAAAACGAAUCCAGAAAAGAGCAGUGCAGCAGUGGAAAUUGCAAGGCAGCGGACCAGGGACGGCAAAAACAAAAGGUGGCCACACUUGCGCAAUAGCAAGGCAGCAGCAAUAACAAAAGCAACACAACAACAAUAACAACAACAACACGAGUGAGAGCCAAGCAACAUUCAAGCACGCGCAUUGACCAACAGCAGCAACAACAACAACAAUGACAACUGCCCAGCCCCAAGAGCUGGCCAAGCUUAUUUCUUAUUGUAAAACACACGCACACAUGCACACAUAGCUGCAUAGCUGUAUGUGUCUACAUAUGUAUGAGUGAUUUUAAAAUCAGUUUUUAGCCGGCUGUCAAAGCCAACGACAAAGACGAACAAAAUACACACACACACCCAACAAAAGCACACACACACACACAGCGACAGCUUGCAUAGCAGAGAGCAUUCAAAACUUGAAAGAAUUGGUUGCCAUUUGUCGCCGCAAAAAUAACGGUGUGUAUUGUAAUUCUAGAAGAAAAGACUCAACUGCAAAGUAGAACUUUGAACAGCCCCAAGGCUUGUCUUUGAAAAUUGGAUUUUUUUUUAGCAUUUAGCAUUGCCUAAUUGAAAAGUCAAAGCAGCAACGCAGACAGGCGUGUAGGCGUGUGGGCGUGGACGUGGGCGUGAGCCUAAGGAAUGUGCACAAUAACAAAUUGAUAGACAAAGCGUUGCUAUUGUUAAAACUUUCAAAUGGCAACGCAUAACAUAAAUAAACACACUCGUGUGUGUGUGUUGGUGUGUGUAUUGCACUUUGUUAGAUUUGUUUAUGCAAACUUAAGCAGCGAAUAGAGAGAGAGAGACAGACAGACCACAAGGAAUUUAUUGUUGAGGCAUUUGUUCUCGUGCUCUCUGCUUUUGCUUCUGCUUUGAGUGUUGCUGCUCUAAUUGACAGCAACAUCUUGUUCUCAAUCUCAAGUGUGAGAAAGCAGCAAGCUGUUGCUGAUUUGAGGGUUGAAUUUAAACACACACACACACACACACAGACUUUGCCUUUGUUGCUGUUUAGUGUCAUUUGUAUUGCUCAAUAAGUUUAGUUCCUUUUUUUAAGGCAUACCACACAUUUUUUUUUUAUUAUCUUUUAAGUGUGUGUGUGUGUGUGUUUUUUAUUUUUUGCUUGGUGGCCUGCCUUAUAUGAAAUUCAAAAGAACAAAAUUUUAGUUUUCAACGCGCGCGCCAAAGUAAACAUACUAAUUUAUUUACUUUGCCUGCACACACACGUAUGCAUGUGUCUGUGUGUGUUUAAUGUUUUUUUGGUUGCGCACAAAAGGCGCACGUUUAAUUAAAUAAAGACUGAGCCUGUUAAUAGUUUACGUUCAUAUAAACACACACACACAUACGCAUACGCAUUACACACACAAACUACACUUGUCUGUCUGCCCAAAUUGAUGAUCAAAAGUUCAGCGCAACAAAUCUGAUCAAGGUUAAAUGCCCCCAAGCAUUAAAUAUAAACACACACACACACAAGCAAAAGAUCAACGCUGCUAAGAAGAGUUUGCUUUUUUAAUUAACACACACACUCCCAUAGACACACCGUGUACCGUUAGAGCUGCCUAGACUGCUUUCGUAUAUUUUACUCUUGUAUUUUUAAUUACGUAAAAAUUAAACAAGCAAACGUAGAAACUAAA